AAUCGCGUUACCUUUCGAGUUUCGCGAAACGCGAAGCGCGAUUCGAGUCGUCGCGAUGCGAACCGAAGAGAUUUUCGAGUAACGAGAUUCGAGUAUCGAGUAUUCGCGAAGUUCAUGAUUUAAAUGCGUUUACUUUAUAAGCUCAACAUCGAUCGUUUUAAUUUGAGUGUAGUUUGUCCUUACACAUGGCGGGUUUGUAUAUAUUAACGUUUGCAACAACAAAUCGCAGAGACGAAGACUCUGUCUCUGACGAGAUAUGUACCAUAAAUUUAUCGACGGGAAAUAAAACAGAAAUAUUUUAAAUAAGAAUGACAUACCAACUGUAUAGACCACACCAGAGACAAAGAAGGCUACUUGCUAUGUACAAGGGUUACAUCGUGCGGCAACACUCUCUUAGGCUCUCUGGUUUUUCGAAAAUUUCUCGCUUUUAAAUUAUAGUUUUUGGAUAAACUACAUAUCAAAUUGUUUCUAACCAUUUGGUGAUUUCACUUGUUUAAUUUUGGAGUUGUUUUGCAACGUAUUUUUCGAGAUAUUCUGCGCGAAAGUUUGUGCGUUGUAAUAAUGUCUCGCCGCACAAAGAACAGUAUGUCUACGCUUUCAGAAGCUGAUGUUGAAAAUCUUGUGGCGGAAUUGCCCAGCACAGAUGAAGAUAAAGAACAAGUUUGCCCAACAGAGAUGUCUGACCAUAAAAACGAGGACGAAAACCACAGAAGCGAGACUUGUGGCGAAACAAUCGAGCGAAAAUUAAGCGAGCACGUGGUUGAUGUUGCUGGUAAAGACAAAGCCGAAAUCAACAGGAAACAGUCAACUUGCGAGGAAUGUCAGAACCGCAAAGACGAAAUUACAGAAAUAAAAGCGAUUAUAAAUGAAAUUAAAACUAACCAAAACGAAGAUCGAGAAAAAUCAAUUAUAAAAGCGAUAGAAUCGGACGAAAGGAUAAAAUCCUUGCACGAGGAAAACUCCAAAAUGACGGAAGAGAUCAAAUGUCUUAAAGCUACAAUAUCCGAACUUGUCACUGACAAUGAGAACAUAAAAAAUAUUCUCGACGUCAAGCAGAAUGAAUGGCUGAAAAUAGCGGAAAACCCGAAUCCAUCAAAAUGUAGUAAAACUGCAACAACAACGCCUACAACCUCAGUACAAAACCAGUUUGAACUGCUCAAUGAUGAAAAUUAUGAGAGCGGAAUAUCAUCGCCUGAAUUAGACUCAAACGAGCAAACGAACACGUACGUAAAUAGCCAGAUUCAUGAAUAUAGAUCAAAGGCACAAUCGAAGUUUGAAAACCGAAAGAACCAAACUCAUGCGCAGCAGAAGGAAAAGAAGAACCAUGUCCAUGCAAAGAGGACCGGAUCCGAAAAAGAAAAAGAAAUUAAAAAAGUCCUGGUAAUCGGCGACUCGAUGGUGAAACACAUCGAUCGAGUGAAAAUUGAGCGAGCUGCAGGUUGCCAAUCAGUCGUCCACUCUUACAGCGGCGCAAGAGUGGAACAAAUCAGUUCUAAAAUUAACGAAUAUUGGUCAGAAGGGGAGCAGUAUGACACAGUUCUCCUUCACGUGGGCACCAAUAACCUCGCUUCUGAAGAGCCAGAAGAAGUGGCAUCUAAGAUGGAUGGGCUUAUCAAAGACCUCAAAGAUCACGCCAAGAAAAUUGCCAUCUCAAGUGUAAUUAAAAGGUAUGAUAACCGAGUUCCGGCUAGCAAGAUAACUCGUUUUAAUAUCUUUGUUAAAAACUUAUGCAUGAAACAUAAUACCACAUUUUUAGAUAAUGACCACAUUGACAGGUCGUUACUAAAUCGCUCUAAUUUGCACUUAAACCAACAAGGUGCUAGGGUGCUAGGGAGUGUUUUCUGCACAUAUCUGAAAUCGUUUAGAGUAGGUAAUAACAGGCAGUUUUUUCAUCAAGCUCAUGGACAUCGGAACAGAGAAUGGACAAUGUACUUGAAAUAUGUGAAUCAAAUAAUGAAGAAUUAGAUAGUCCUAUUUCCGUAAACAAUGUGAGUAGCGAUUUUUUCACUAGCCUUAAUUCCAUUCCCAAUGAAAGAGGUUUUAAAAUGGCUUUUCUUAACAUUGUUGGUUUGCCAAAAAAGAUUGAUGAAAUAAGGUAUUCAAUGUCAAACAAAUUAAUUGAUCUUAUUGCUUUCAAUGAGACUCGCCUUGACUCAAGUAUAACUAAUGGUAUGAUUCACCUUAAUGAUUAUGAUACUAUUAGAAAAGACAGAUCAAGAAAUGGAGGUGGAGUUUGUAUCUACUUGCGUAGCUCCAUCAACUAUAUUAUAAGACAAGAUCUAAUUCCCUCUGAAUUGGAGGCUGUCUGUGUAGAAAUUAUUAAGCCACACAGUCGACCAUUUCUUGUUACAACCAUUUAUAGACCACCCAAUGCAUCAUCUGAAUUCUUUGAUCAUUUUGAAAAAGUAAUUAAAGCCAUUGAUGAUGAAAAUAAAGAAAUGUAUAUUCUGGGUGAUCUAAACUGUGAUAUGCUUAAAACAGACAAAGAUUCAAAUUCUCCAACAAAGAAAAUCAAAACAUUGUAUGAGUUGUAUCAAUUGUCACAAUUGAUUGAUGAAGCUACCCGAGUAAC